AGUGCAUAUGAAAGUUUUAAGUUUUAACCAACUCACAUACCACAAGCUUGAACAACACCUAAAAAAGGUCACUUUCUUCUUUAUCACAAGGUCACCUCCUUCCCACUUCUUCUUCCUACUAUAUAUAUAUAGCUUCACAUUAGCUUUUCAAUAAGUAUUAACUUACAAAAAACAUCUAUCCCUAUAAAACAAUCAUUCAAAAUGUAUCAUUAUAAAACCAAAAUCGCCAUCUUACACAUGCUCUUCUUCAUGCUUGUUACAACAUCUCUAGCACGCUAUAACAGCUUCGGCGAAAGCCGAGGUCGGAGAAUAGAGUCGACGGCGACGACAACAACAUCGGGCACAGUUUCAUCACCCUUAGCAGAAGUUAACAAAGGCAAUGAGGAUACACCAACGGGCGCCACGGGGUCAGCCCACGGCCCGAAUUGGGAUUAUGGAUGGGGUUGGGGGGCCGGGCCUAGAAGCGGGUGGGGAUACGGAUAUGGUUCAAGCCAUUCCCCUACAAGUUUCGGACGGGGUUACGGGUUUGGGUAUGGGUCCGGGUCAGGGUCGGGGUCGGGCUCCGGGUCAGGGUACGGGUAUGGGUCAGGAGGCAGUGGUGGUGCCGGCGGGUAUGGGUAUGGAGCUGGUGGAGCUCAUGGAGGGAGUGGUGGAGGAGGUAGCUUUGUGAGUUCUCCAAAUCAUGGUUAAUUAUAUCAUUUAAAUGCUGGAUUAUUUCAGCUGGUAUUAUAUGGAUAAUAGUAUAAUAUUUGGUAUUAACUAAUUUAAGAGUAUGUUUUUUUUUUUUUACACCUUUUUAUAGUAUGCAUGUGCAGUAGUGUUGGACUGUUGGCGGGUGUGGGAUCAGUGGAUUUAUACAGUUUAUGUGUAUGUACUAAGUGGAGAUCAUUAGUGGUAAAAUAGAAGUAGAGUAUGUAAUGCCAUAUAUAUUGUAACUAGUUUUUGUCCCGAAAAAUGUCCCGUGUCAUUGUAAUAAUGAGAGUUUUUUUUUUUUUUU